AAUAAUUAAUUGACUAAUUAAUAAGAUUAAUAUAUAGUUGAUCAUAUAAAAAUUAUAAUAUAAAAUGAUAAAGGAGAAUUUUAUUAAUUCAAAUCUAAUUGAUUUUUAAUACUUGAAACCAAGGGUAAAUGGAAAAGUAAUAAAUAAUCCUAAAACAUCAUGUCAAAACGAUGGUUAGGAAUAUUCACUCAUUUUUCUUCUAAUUCUUAUUUGUUCAAUUUUAAAAAAAUUUUCGAAAUGUUAUUCUCAUCAUUCAUCAAUUCACCGUUAAAAUGUUUAUUCAUGAUAUUAUUUUUAAUUGGUGCUACCUAUGUAUGCUAUUUAUGGAGUGCAAAACUUAAUGAAACAAAUAAUCCAGUAUUUGUUAUUAAUUAUGCAUCUAUUGAUAAUCCAUUCAAUGAGUUACGAUGUCGCAGAUUAAAAUAUACACAAGUUGGUCACGUGAAAACGCCUAAUAAAGCAUUAUUUUGGCCACAGAUACAAUAUAAAUAUACAUUAUCUCAAUCAAUAGAUUUUAUUUCACCGAAUUCGUCACUGAAAAAUUUCAUUCCACAACAAAUAUUUGGAUCACUUUACACUAAGUAUAAUGCCACAAAAAUAAAUAGUUAUGCUGUAUCAAGUAAUAGUUUAAGAUAUAUUAUUGAUAAGAAAAAUCACACUAUCAAUUAUACCUUACCAAUUAUAUGGUCUCCAUUAGGUUGUUUACCUAGCCUGUCAUCGGCUAUAAUUAUUCCUUAUCGUAAAAGAGAACAACAUUUACGAGUGUUAACAGAUCAUUUACAUGGAUUUUUACGACAUCAAAGAAUACCAUAUACCAUUUUUAUUAUUGAACAGACCGGUGAAACGAAAUUUAAUCGUGGUGCUUUAUUAAAUGCUGGUUUUCUUGAAGUUUCCAAAUUCAAAGAAUAUGACUGUUUCAUUUUACAUGAUGUAGAUAAACUACCAGAAGAUGAUCGAAUUAUUUAUACAUGUGGACCAAAUCCAACACAUUUGUCAGCUUCAUUAAGUACUUUUAACUACAAAUUAAUUUAUCAAAGAUUUUUUGGUGGUGUUGUUACAUUCACUCGUGAUCAAUAUCUUAAAAUUAAUGGUUUUUCAAAUUUAUAUGAAGGAUGGGGUGGUGAAGAUGAUGAUCUUUUAUUACGUGUUGAACAAUCUGGUUAUAAUUUAAGUCGAAUCAAUUUAUUGAUUGGUCGUUAUUAUGCAAUGAGUCAUAAGACAGAUGAAUUAAAUGAAAAGAAUCUAGAUCGGUUGAGAAUAAAUAGAAAAAUACGUUUGUUUUUUGUUACAAGCACAUGUAAAAUAAUAAUAAUAAUAAUAAUAAUAAUAAUAAUAAUAAUAAUAAUAAUAAUAGAACCUGUUUAUCUUUUAUCGUUAAAGUAAAGUAUCUUGGAAACACCAUCGCUUGAGUAAUAUCUAAAUAAUUUCUUCUAAUCGUACAAUUCAAUCUGUAAUAAACUUUCGUUAAAUAUUUCACAUCAUCUAAUAUAAUGUACAUAUCAUUAUUAAAAUUUUUGUGAUAUUUCAAUGUAAUCUAUUCAUUUCCUUUAUAAUCUUUUGUUUUGUGUUCUUUUAAUAUUGACUGCUGAAAUUAAGAAUUUUGUUACACAUUUCUCACUUUAUAUUUUAACAAAUUAUGGUAGUGAUGAUUACUUGUUUCAUAUAUUACCAUAUAUACAUAUUUUAUUAUCUUUACAACUUUUGUACGAAGACGAUUAUUUUAACAAACGGAAUACACCCAUUAUGACAUUAAAUAAGAAAGAAAGAUUAGUUCAGCGAAGAGUUGUCUUUUCGGCGAAUUCAUUUUCAAAGCUGUACAAUCGCAAAUAUAUAUACUUAUUUUUACAGGGUGAUAAUAAUAAUAAUUUUAACAUCUAUUAUUUCAUGUGAUUUUAUGCAUUUCAGGAAAUGAUAAUUGUUGAGAAGUGGUAAUAUCAUGUUUAUGUUCUUUAGUAACUGAGUUUUUGAUUACCUAUUCAGAAUAAAGUUACUAUCAAAGAAUUCUAAACAUUUAAUAAUACUAUGCAAAUAUGUUUAGUGUUUAUUGGAGAGUAUGAAUCAAAAUAUACUAUAUAAUCUGUAAAAUAGAUUGUUUGCUUUAUGUUAACUUUAGUUAGCAUUUCAUUGAACUUGUUUUAAGAGUUCUUGUGUAUAAUUCGAAUGGAAUAGAUGAUUGUUCUUUCAAAUAAUAAGAUGAGAAUGAAUGUAUAUAUUUUUAUGUAAGAUUACUGAUUUAAUUGAUUAUAAUGAUCAUAAUCGUCGCUUAAAAUAAAUAAAACUGUUUUCUUAUUAG